AUGGCUCCGGUGCCAGGUCAGUCACAUUCAGGUAAUUACGAAGACAUUCCCACCAAUCAGAGGGCGCACCCGAGUGGUAUUGCUGCAGAGCGAAAAUCCACGGCGUAUUCUGAUGGGUCUAAUCUGGAGAGAUAUAAGGUAGUUGAUGAUGAGGAUGAUGACUACCUAGUAGACCAUCCGCAUGAGGAUGAGGAUGAGGAUGAGGACGUCGACGAUGAUGACGACGACGAUGAAGAUGACAAUAAUGAGCCGGCCAGUCUAGAUGAUGAAGACCGUGGCACUGAUUCAGCACCUAGUGCAUGUAUAGCCACAGGCAAAAAAGAAAAAGGCUUCAACCUUAGAGCCAAUCCUUCACAUCAGAGCGCUAAUCAAUUUACCCCGUCCGCUUUUAACAAGGUUGCAAAUAAGUGCAAAAAAUUAUACAAAGAUGUAAAGUAG